AAUGGGCUGCAGUACACACAGCGUAACCGUCGCGGCCAGGCGCCACGAACAUCGGGUCGCGCGCGCACUCACCACGCACUUCGACCCGGACAGCUUCACGUGAGUACUUUUGUGAACGAUUCUUGAUUUUGGUACCAUUUUAAUACUUUACCGUGAUUGUCACUUGCUACGUCCCACUUGGGGUACACCACGGAAAAUGUCUACGCGGACAUACGCCGUCCGUCGACAUCAUCUCCUCCGAACCGAUGACCAAUGUCCAACCGUUACAUUACCACGUGCGAGUAAACCCUGUUUGAUGUCAUCAAACGAAAAUUAGGAAAAGCAAAGAAAUUAUUUUUCAUAAUCUAAGCAAAGGCCUUAUGAUGAUUUAUGGGCAGAGGACGCACACCGGGUUGGUGUGACAGGCACAAGGUGACGAUGGAUUUAGAUCCAGAAGAAGUGGAACGAUGGUUAUGCGAGAAAGCGCCACAGGACCUUGUGGAACGAGUGAUUCGGGCUCGGCUCCAGCAUCGAGGUGGCUCAUUAUCGGUUGGUCGGGCCAAACGAGCAUCGAUGACAUCCGAAAUGUUCAACACAUGGUUAGCCUCUUCUCCGAUAAAAAGAUCAAAAUCUCCCAAUAGAGCUACUAGAAGCAGUGCCGAAUGGAAACACCAUAUGGGACUGUUGGACGAAGGAGAAUUAUUCAUGGAGCUUAUUCGAGAUGUUUCCAACGAACUGGAUUUAGACGUUUUGUGUCAUAAAAUUCUGGUCAAUGUUGGCUUACUUACCAGAGCUGAUCGUGGAAGUUUAUUCUUAGCGAAAGGAAAAUACCUGGUGGCAAAGCUCUUUGAUGUUACAGUAGAUACCGAAAUAACUGAUGCGAUACAUAAAGCAAAAUCAGAAGAAAUACUUAUACCGUUUGGAGUUGGGGUGGCUGGAGCUGUAGCAGAAACUAAACAAGUCGUUAACAUAAAAAAUGCAUAUCAGGAUCCAAGGUUUAAUCGAGAAAUCGAUCACCGAACGGGUUACACGACAAAUUUGAUUCUGUGCGUGCCGAUUUGCAACUACGAUAACGAUGUUAUCGGUGUAGCUCAAAUAAUCAACAAGACUGAUGGCAGCAAUUCGUUUACAGAACAUGAUGUUGAAAUAUUCCAGAGGUAUCUAACGUUUUGCGCUAUUGGAAUACAAAAUGCUCAAUUGUUUGAGAAAUCUGUUCAGGAAUUCCAAAGGAAUCAGAUGUUAUUGGGUUUGGCCCGAAGCAUUUUUGAAGAACAAAACAAUUUGGAAUGUUUAGUGUCUAAAAUCAUGACUCAAGCCAGAGACUUGAUUAAAUGUGAGCGAUGUGUGGUAUUUUUGUUGGACUUAGAAUGCGAAGAAGCUAGUCACCUGGAGCACUUUGGAGCUAAACCAGUAAAUUAUUCCCUCGAAAAAAAAAUCUUUAAUAAAAACAGCUUUGACACUAUGAUUGGAGAUAUGCCUUUUUCCAAGGAACAUAAGGAAAUAAAAUUUACAAUAGCUUUUGAAUUGGGUUCUCAACACGAUGUCAAGAAAAUCAACAAAGCUCUUAAACCCUCUAAAUUGCUUCAAAUAGCCCAUGAAGUAGCUGCCUCUGUUCAAGUUCUUAAUAUACCAGAUGUGCAAAUGUGGGCCAAAGUAUUAGAUAGACAGCCCAGUGUUGAAAGUGACGAUGGUAAUGGUACACCUGAGGUGCCAAUCAAAUCAAUAUUGUGCAUGCCAAUUUUAAAUGGAAAAACUGAUGUCAUUGGCGUAGCACAGCUUAUAAAUAAGGAAACAGGAACGCCAUUUACUGAUUGUGAUGUAGCUACAUUUGAAGCGUUUGCGAUAUUUUGUGGACUGGGAAUUCAUAAUACUCAGAUGUAUGAAAGUGCAUGUAAACUUAUGGCUAAACAAAAAGUAGCACUUGAAUGUCUAUCAUAUCAUGCUACAGCAUCUGUUGAUGAUACAAUAAAAUUAACUCAAGAUACGAUUCCAUCAGCAGAGAUAUACAAUUUAUAUAGCUUUAAAUUCAUUGAUUUUGAUUUAUCGGAUGACGAUACGUGUAAAGCUACAAUCCGAAUGUUUUUAGAGUGUAAUCUAGUGCAGAAGUUUCAAAUUCCAUAUCACGUACUUUGUAAAUGGGUGUUAAGCGUGAGAAAGAAUUAUAGACCUGUGAAAUAUCAUAACUGGAGACAUGCGCUUAAUGUAGCACAAACAAUGUUUGCAAUGUUGAAAACUGGGAAAAUGGAAAGAUUUAUGAGUGAUUUAGAGAUUCUAGGACUACUGGUAGCAUGUUUGUGUCAUGACUUAGAUCAUCGUGGAACAAACAACGCUUUCCAAACAAAAACUGAAUCACCAUUGGCCAUUCUUUACACAACAAGUACUAUGGAACAUCAUCACUUUGAUCAAUGUGUGAUGAUUUUGAACAGUGACGGAAACAAUAUAUUCCAAGCUUUAUCUCCGGAGGAUUAUCGGAAUGUUAUGAAAUUAGUAGAAAACUCAAUAUUGUCCACAGAUUUAGCAAUGUAUUUCAAAAAGAAAAACCGUUUUAUGGAAGUUGUAGAAAAUGGAGAAUUUGAUUGGCAAAGUGAAGAAAAAAAGGCUUUAUUAUGUGGUAUUUUAAUGACAGCAUGUGACGUGAGCGCAAUAGCAAAACCGUGGGAGGUACAACAUAAAAUGGCGAAAUUGGUGGCUGAUGAAUUUUUUGACCAAGGUGACUUGGAAAAAUUACAACUAAAUCAGCAACCAAUGGCCAUGAUGGAUAGAGAAAAAAAAGACGAGCUUCCUCAGAUGCAAGUAGAAUUCAUCGAUGUCAUAUGUUUGCCAUUGUAUAAAGUAUUAUGUGACACGUUUCCUUGGAUCACACCAUUAUAUGAGGGUACUUUAGAAAAUCUGAAGCAUUGGAAGGACCUGGCAGAAAAAGUCGAAAUGGGUUUAACAUGGAUUGAUCAUGACAAGAUUGAAAUUCCAGUUGAAGAAUUUUUCACCCAUCAAAGUACAAAAGACAUAGAAUUUACCGUGACUACGUUAAAUAAGUCGCAAAGUAAUCAUCCAACGAAGAAAAGCAAUACAAAAGAUGUCGAUCUUAAUCUGAAUACCUCAACGUUCCAGAGAAACGGUGCUAAAUUCUCCAGCUACCGGAAAAAAACUACAGUGAGCCGAUCGUUUAGGAAUCGAGUAAGUCGAUCUCUGUAUUACAACAGUGGAAGUGGAAGUGGACGUACAUUAGAAAAAGAUAAUAGUGUUAUAACCGAUCAUAAAACUAAAAUGAUAAGUUCGGCUUCGUUGCCAGCGUUUACAUCACCAGCAACUACGACUGCUUACACGAAACCAACUCCUACGCCACUGACAAGUACUCCGGUUAAAAAUAAAAGCAAGUUUUGUCAAGUACUGUGAUAAGCAUAUUGUUUUAUAUGGUAUUAAAUUUAGUCGGUUAAUAAUAUCCACAAUACUGUGGAGACUAGAUGUAGGCGAUUAUAUGUACAUAAAAUAUUUGCUCCUCGAUCGGUCCCGAUUUGAAUUUUUGUUUUUUACUUUUUUACUACCAAUAUUGUUGUUUUAGAAUUUAUAGUGUAUAAAGUAAUAUUAUGAAUGUAAGUGUUGUUUUCUUUAGAACUUUUGGCGAAAAAGCAUUUUCAAUUCAACAAAACUGUAAAAUCAUUGUAUAUUUUUUUAAAUUUAAUUAUAUUAUUGUUAUGUUUGAUGCAACUGUCGAUUAAAUAAUAUUAAAACCUAUAUUCUAAAAAUUUCAUAAAUAUGUAGCAUAAAAUAAAAGAACAUUUUUAAAACACGCUGUGUCGCAUAAAUAUUACAACAGUAAUAAAAAUAAUAUUAAAUUUUCAUGGAAUGGUUAUU